GUUCUUCAACCUUCAUCUUCCCUCUUGCAACAUCAGAAAACCCAGAAAUCUCCAGAAAUCCUCAAAAUGUGGGACACUUUCUUCUACCGCGGCGCCUUCGUCAUCUCCGCCAUACCUGGCCUCAUCGGCAUCAACUCAAUGCUCCGACCGGAAGCCACCCUCAAGAUCGUCAAAUUCCCCAUCCCGGCCGAUCCUCAGAGCCGGAAGACCUGCCUAUCCCUCGCACGUCUGCAAGGCGCACGCAACAUCGUCGUCUCUUACCUCUUCAUCAACAACGCCUUGACCGGAGACAAGAAACUUAUGGGAAUGGGAUUGCUUGGAGCCCUUUUCAUGCUGGCCACUGAUGGAUUCGUGAGCAAAUCUCUUAUUGGGGGAAAUGAGUGGUUUCAUUGGGGGUAUAUACCCGUUUUUGUUGCUUUUAUCGGUGGUUUGCUGUAUUCGGAGUGAGGGAUGUUAGUGCAUGGUUAGCAAUGGGCGAUGGCGGACUUCUAGCCUUAAAUCUCAUAUGCCAUCAAUACUUGAAGGAGCGGACCGCGUCUCAGUUGAAGAUGAUACUUCUUUUCUCGCCUUAUCUUGUUAACGCUGCUUCAACGGAGGAGACAAGGGUUGGAACUGUAAAGGACGCUUUGGCUAUAUUGCUCUUUGAAAUGAAACUUUUGUUAUCUGGUACUUUGAUGAUUUAUCUAUAGCCCAGCCCCUUCUGCCUAGCUGAGUCAGAUAAUUCAAUCCCCAAACCCGU